GACACAUACAUGCAUACCUUGAUGGAGGAUUCCUGGCCGGAGAUCAGCUCCCCCUCCGCCGCAGACCGGAGGCAGGUGGUGGUGGAGGAGCUCCUCCGCGGCCAAGGCUUCGUGCGGGAGCUGAUCCGAGGUCUGCUGAGUGCCGAUUCCAACCACCAUCAUGAUCAUCAUCAAUCAACGCGGUCGGCUGAGGAUCUUCUUGGGAAAGUCCUGGACUCGUUGAAUAAGACCGUCUCGAUGAUGAGCUGCAACGAAAGCUCCCAAUUCGGACCGUCGGAGACAUUAAUCGAGUCCGAGAAUUCAGAGGAUAGCUGCAAGAGUAGUUUGACACACGAGGAUGGGAGAGGGCGUUACAAGAGAAGGAGUAGUGCAGAAACUUGGUCGAAAGUAACAAGUGCUCUGGCGGACGAUGGGCAUGCGUGGAGAAAAUACGGCCAAAAAUCCAUUCUCAACUCGGACUUUCCUAGGAGCUACUUUAGGUGCACUCAUAAGUUCGAUCAGGGAUGUCAAGCGACAAAGCAAGUCCAAAAGAUAUCGACCGAUCCCCCGAUGUACAAGACCACAUACCAAACUCGCCACACUUGCAAGACCCUCUUCCAGUCUCCUCCGAUCGUCAUCGACUCGCUCGUAGAACCUGCCGAGACUUCGUCCUUCAUCCUCAGCUUCGAUGGCUCGGGUGAGGAUAACUGUUGUCCCUACCUGAGAGAGGGCCCCCAGAGUCGCGUUGUCGUCAGUACCCUGAAGAAGUUGCCAUCAACCGACUACCUCGUCUCACCAAACCCGACAGUCCUAUCGUCCACUCCCGAUUCCGAGCACAGGAACGCGACGUCGAGCUCUCACUUCGAUGUUGGUUUCGAUGAUGCGUUGAUGUAUGACUGCUAUGCCAAUAGCUCUGGGCCAUGGCGAUGAAGGUCACUUCAGAUUGAAAUAUGGAGUCAGGAGACCCACCUCAUCAUACGAUUUUGCAGAUCAUACGUCCUUUUUCUUGAUGAAGAAUUAGUCAGGGUCUCGUAUAUAAGUCCCGUCUAGUUCCUUCUCGGCCUGAGUCAAGCACGCCAUCUUAGUCGAUCGGGCGUCGGGCUAUUUGGGAGAAUUUAUUGCUUCCCAUAAUCCCUAGCAAAAUCGAACUCAGAUCUCCAUCAUCCUGUGUUUACUUUCCUUCUCAGUUAAUUUCCUAACAAGUGAGCUUAGUCCUGAACUUUUCCAAAUGGAAAGAGAGCAAAGGAUUCAGCCCGAUUCACGAAAA